AUGUCUGGUCGCGGUAAAGGAGGCAAAGGGCUCGGGAAAGGCGGCGCCAAGCGGCACAGGAAGGUGCUCCGUGAUAACAUCCAGGGCAUCACCAAGCCUGCCAUCCGCCGUCUAGCUCGCAGGGGAGGCGUCAAGCGCAUCUCCGGCCUCAUCUAUGAGGAGACUCGCGGGGUGCUGAAAGUCUUCCUGGAGAACGUCAUCCGGGACGCCGUCACCUACACCGAGCACGCCAAGAGGAAGACCGUCACCGCCAUGGACGUGGCCUACGCGCUCAAGCGCCAGGGCCGCACUCUCUACGGCUUCGGGGGUUAAUGCUGCCUCCGUCCUCACAGCACAAAGGCUCUUCUCAGAGCCGCCCACAUCUUCCCGGGGAGAAGCUACAAUUCCUUCUGCGCUCAGCCACUGAGGGGUUAACACCGCCCGCACAUCAGGGGGCGGAGAGCCGGACAAUUGUCCGAGAUCAGCGGCGCCCUGUGCUCAGUACAGCCGGAGCUCUACAAUACAGAAAGCCCCAGUAAUGUAAAUCCCGAGCCCCGGGUG